UGGCUUUGCAUUAUUCAGUACCGGCUGUACCAUGCCAACAAAUGUUUUGGUUAUGUUACGCAGCAUAGUUAAUUAUCUAUAUUUUGCCCAUUACAACCAAUAUAAAAUUUAUACAUGUAUAGUAAUCGAUCGCAAUCAUAGGUUUACGUAAGAUAUCUUUACUUUGGAUUUAAAAACUAUAUAUCAACGUAAACAGAUGUCCAUGAAACAACGUGGGUGAUUAAUUCGUGACAUCGGUCAUUAUCCUACAUAGGUUAUGUUACAACUAUGGAUACCAAUAAGAAAUAAUACGGCGUAGACUUAAAAUAGAAAAUACGUGAAUUCAAUUUGUUCUCAUUGACAUUAUUUUACUCACUUUUUUGAUAAUACUACACCUGCCGUAUCCGCCAUAUUGCUAAACUUCUGUAGAAAUGAUUCCCCUCUGUUAUACAGUUGGCAAACUUGUAAUGUAUUCUCAUGUUACACAGCCACUUCUUCCUUCGCGCGACAUUUUAGUUUUAAAUUUCUUGUCAGACUAUAAUGUCGAUAUCCACAGCUUUGUUGGUUCGAUUAUCGCGUGCAAAAUAUCAUGAACUAUGUAUAUACAAAAAUAAUGAUUUCUUCUUCAGUUGUUUGUUGUUGUUACAAGCAACAUUUAAAAUGUGGUAUCGUAGCAACCACAACUGUUGAUACGUGCUGUUGAAGUCAAUUACUCCGAUCAAAGUUAUUUCAUUAGUUUUUGAAGAAAAAUGGAUGGCUGCUUGGGGUAUCAUGACUUAAAAGCGCUGCAAGAUUUAAUUACUCCUCCACAAGACAACUCUGAUGUCGAAGAUGAUUUACCGCAAGCUGGUGCACGAAAACUCGGACCUGGCGAUAUUGGAGCUCAAAAUACUGCGUCCAAGCAACACGUCGGGCCACAUGCACCGCUGAAAGGAAAGACUGAUGAUAUUUGGCAUCCGUCUGAGGUAGACGCCAUACAGAAUUCCGAAAUCCAUGAUCCGAGGGAGGUGCCGGAAUAUGAGAUGAAAUUUAAGCAGGCGGUAACGCCGGAGGAUGUAUUCUUAGGCAUCGGCUUCAAAACACCGGGAACUGCAUCCUGCGAGUGGCUGUCCGUGUUUGUGAAGAUGCCGCAGGAGUCGAGGGACAAAGUUGAUCUGGCCGUGUUGUCCGAUGCGAUCGACGUGCGCAGUCCAAGAUAUCGGCUGCACCUUGCGACGCCGCAUCCGGUUGAUCCUUGCGCCUCGUCCGCCAAAUGGCACACCGACACUUCUACCUUAGAAGUUACGCUGAAACUUGUGCGCGAACUGGACGACGUAAAUUUUUAAUCGACUGUUCCGCCGACCGUCCCGCGUGCACACCGCACGAGUAUCCUUAGCGAGGAGGGUGCGUUUUUAUGUUCGCGGGAAGUACGAAUCAGCGUUUGCGUAAAUCGAGGACGAUUUGUCAACCUUUUAGCUUCUUUGUUAUACUUUAAACCACGGAUGACGGAUGAUCUCGGACGAGCGCUGUAUUUCGUGCCGUGGAACACCUUACGUUGCACCUAAGUGGUUAAGGAGAAUCAAUCUUCAUGUUUCGUCCACUGUAUCCGAAGCAUGAACGACAUUGGGAGGUCUGCCAAUUAGUAAUUGCAUAAAGCUGAUUGCACAAAAUGUAGUCAAAAACUGCAAUAUCACUCAAAGAAUUUGAAAUAUUCUUAGCGUGAUAGCAAUGAGCUCGACAUGGUAAAUUGUGCAGGAUAUUUACGUUCAAAAGCAUUUUAACAUUAAACGUACCGAGGUCUAGAAGUGAUUGGUAUGCGCUGCCUCAUACAAAUUAUAAGAUUGAAUUUUAUUAAAUAUUUUCACAAUUUUUGUGAUAGUAUGUGUCUGAAUGUAGAAAUAUAUUCGACGGUUUCCAAUGAAACCAGCUUUAUGAUUUCCAUAGUAAUUAUAAAAUAGCAAAUAUGAAAUCAUUUGAUUGGCGGUGGUACGUUCAGUGUGAAAAUAAAAGUAUUUUAAAGUGCUCUGGACAUUAAUGAGCAUAUUUUCUCCUAGUAAAUUCGUUCACGAUUUAAAUAUUAUUAAUAAAUCGGACUCAGUAUGUAUGAAUUAUUUUAAA